AUAUAUUUUAAACACAAUAUUGCCAUAAAUAUAUAAUUAUAACGAAAAUAAAACAGUAAGACUUAAAAUUAUGAUAGUUCAAAUGAUGAUAUAGACGUGGCUGCGCGCCUUGUUUCAAGUGAUCAGCAUACUAAGCGUUCGUGGUUAAAUAUUUUUAUACGCACACACACGUACCCACAUACAUAAGUAGACAUUCGUAAGUUAACAUAUAGCAGCAGAAUGUUUGGUUUUGUAAAAGGGCUUUCAAAAUAUCGUCUUGCAUUCUUAUUAAUUCUUAUAGCCAUUCUGGCCAAACUUUACCAGAAAGAUAUUGUGCAGCUCUUACAAAUAGCGGCUGCGCGUUAUUUGAACACCGCCGCAAACGAGCAUACAGAAACUGUCCCAGUGAAGUUCACAGAUACCCGCGACAGUAUCUUCACAUCGGAUCAGUUAUCCACGUACAACGGCGAGAAUGGAGCACCUAUCUAUUUAGCAUUGCUUGGUGCCGUUUUCGACGUCAGCCGCGGCAUAAAGCAUUAUGGGCCUGGCUGCAGUUACAACUUCUUUGUUGGUCGCGAUGCAUCCGUUUCUUUUGUCAGCGGUGAGUUCGAGCACUAUGAUCCAGCGACGGCUGAUGAUGUGCUUAGCCUCAAGGCCAACGACUUGAUUGAGCUGGCCAAGUGGCAGCAAUUCUACGAGAAGGAGUACACAUAUAAGGGCAAGCUAAUUGGACGCUUCUUUGACGAAACUGGCAAGUCGACUGCCUACCAUCAGAAAUACCUUGUACUUCUGGACGAAGCAAAGAUAGCGAAGGCGCAAGUUGAUGAGCUCCGUGAUAGAUAUCCAGGCUGCAACAUCGAGUGGUCCGAAGCAAAGGGAACUCGUGUCUGGUGUACCACUACCAGUGGCGAUGGCAAGGUACGCGAAUGGUCUGGAUAUCCCCGCAAGCUUUAUAAUCGCGACAACAAGAACUUUCACUGCGCCUGCGUACCUGAGGAGGAGCUAAGUGAUCCAAUGUUCAAACCCUACGACAAAUGUGCCGAUCGGGCAACUGAAUGUUUCUAUCGAGUUUGAAACUAAAUAAAUCUAAAUGGCACAAUAACUUAAUUCCAAUGCUAUUAUAACUUUUGCGUUAAAGGUGGAUUUUGAUG